AUGGAUCCAUCUUCGGGGCCUCUUGGGCCAUCUAUUGCAGCUGAUGCUGAGCUCGAGCUCGAGCGCGAUCAUCAUUCCCAAAAGGAGCUUGCGCACGAUAAUCAUGAGCAGCAGCAGGAGCAGCAUCAAGAAGGACUUCAACCUGCUGCUAUCGAGCCGACUGUCGAGCCAGCUCUUGAGCCAGCUACCCCUGCCGCCGUCGACAGUGCUGUUGUCGCCAGGGAUGAUGCUGAAGAUAAGCUUCUCACACCCCCCGACGCCGCAACCUUGGACACAGCUCCCGUUGCCACGCAUCUAGCUCGAUUCGAGUUUAGCGAUCGCGGCACCAAGAUCUUGAUGGUCGAAUGGUAUCCUGGGGCGGGUGCGAACGGCUUGUCCAACCAAGAUACGAAUUCUGCUGCUGGCGCAGUCUCCAGCGAUAAGACCAGCGCUGCUGGUGCUGCUGCUGAUAAUGCAUCGGCCACGCCAGCCCGUGUUCCGGCCAGCCCUGUCGUUGAUGCCGCUGUCUGGGAGGUUUCGUGGCCGGGGAAGUCAACCUUCCUUCCGGCUAGGGAUACCGAUGAGAACGACGCGCGACGCCGUGUCUACUUCAUGCUACCUCCUGAAGCGUCGGUUCCGGCAACGGUAACUAUUGCGCGCCCUGGGCGGCCCAGCUUGGUUCUUAAGCCGCUGCCAGCCAUAUUUCCAGAGCAUUUCCAUGCAGAGUCUGGCCCUCGAGGGGUGUUACACACGAUAUGGGCUAAGAAACGCCUAAGGGAGCUUGAACUAGAGAUGGAAGCUGAGAUGAGGGCAAACGCUGAGAGUGUGGGCCUUGAGAUGGCUCUGGCGGAGAAGCAGUGGAUCGUCGACAACUUCUUGCGUGCUCCUACAGCACCUGCUCCUACGAGUCCUCGCUCCCCCGUCUCUGGACGCCUUGGCGACAAGCUCAAGGGCUUGCGUCUGGCUACCUCGCCGGCAGAUCUGGUGCCGAGCCCAGCAGCAAAUACGUUUACCAGCCCUGAUAGCCAGUCCCACAUGCUAUCUCCCCUAGGAGGUGACAUUGCCGUGUCUUCCUUCUCGGCCAUUUCACGCAGCCACCCAUCCGGCCCGAUGUCUCUUGACGCUGCUCUUAGUGGCGAUGCGGCUCCUUUACAGCCUGGCUCUCACGACGCUGAAGAUGACCUGUUCGCACUGCCCAUGAGCCCUCGGAGCCCAGAUAUGAUCAAGAGCCCGUUUAGCGCCCUUGGCGUGGGCCUCUAA